UCUCGAUUUUAUUUUAUAUAGUCAGUGCUAUUUCCGGUUGAGGAACACGUGAAAGAGUCCCGAGUAAGGAAAAUAUCACAGCUUUAUAAUUAUGUCCGAGAGUGACUUUUCUUCAGAUCAGGAAAGCAAUGACUCGGAUACGGAGCUGCAGUUAGCUUUUGCUGAAGGAAGAUUAUCUGGUGGUUUGAAUAUCCAGCAAGCAGCACCAAAAACCUUCACGAAUGAUGUGGAAGGACUAAAAAGAAAGCUGGUAGAACUGAAGAAUGACCUUGGCUGGCUGGAGAGACUUGACCUGACCAAUAAGCCAGCUCCUGCACAGCCUGGCACAGAUAUGGUUGGGGAUGAAGAUGUACAUGAUGACUUCAAGAGAGAGUUAACAUUUUACCGACAAGCCCAAGCCACUGUUCAACAAGGUAUUCAACAGCUUCAGAAACUAGGAGUAAAAACAAAACGACCUGAGGACUAUUUUGCACAAAUGGCUAAAUCUGAUGAUCAUAUGAAAAUGGUGAGAGAAAAGUUAUUGGAAAAACAGGUUUCAAUGGAAAGGUCUGAAAAAGCAAAGAAAAUGAGAGAAUUGCGGAAAUAUGGUAAAAAGGUUCAACAUGAAGUUUUACAGAAACGACAAAAGGAAAAAAGGGAGAUGAUGGAUGCUGUUAAAAAAUAUAAAAAAGGACAGAAAGAUAAACUUGACUUCUUAGAUGACAAAGGACCCCCAAAUAAGAAACAGAAAACUGGUCAAAAGCAAGAAUUUCAUGCCAACAAAAAAAGGGAAUACAAAAAUAAGAAGUUUGGCUUUGGGGGACAGAAGAAAAGGUCUAAGAUGAACACAGCCAAGAGUUCUGCUGACAUGUCAGACUUCAAUCCCCAUAUACACCAGAAAAAACAUGGCAACAAGUCAGGAGGAAAGAAAACAAACACAAAAAAGAAAGGACCAGCUAAGAGACCUGGAAAAUCGAAGAGGCAGAAGAUGAAAAGCAAGCACUGAACUGAAAGAUUUGUGUCUUUGUGUAAAUAAAUGUAAAAAUGUUGAGCUUCC